AUGGCUAAUCCAUGUGCAACCGCAUCUGAUCACAUUGUAGAGGAUGCCUACAAGGCCUUAGGAAUCUCACCAAAUGCAGAUGGCUCAAUGAAUAGAGAAAACAGAAUCCCAACAGUAAAUGCCACCCCACAAGUUGAUGAUCCAACACAGCCUCCAAUUGCCCUCUCGAAAGACAUUCAUCUAAACCCUUUAACCAAAACUUUCAUACGCCUCUUUCGACCUGUAAAUCCUCCACCAAACACUAAGCUUCCACUCAUAAUCUACUUGCAUGGUGGUGAUUUCGUGUUGUUUAGCGUGUCGACUAUCGUUUUUCAUAACUUUUGCAACGACGUUGCUGCUCAAAUACCGGCCAUUGUUGCCUCCGUUGACUACAGACAUGCCCCGGAAAAUCGGCUCCCCGCAGCUUACGAAGAUGCCAUGGAUGCUAUCUUGUGGGCAAAAUAUCAAGCACUCGGUGGACAUACUACCACUGUUGAUCCCUGGAUACAUGAAUAUGCUGAUUUCUCAAGAGUUUUCCUACUGGGAAGUGCUGCAGGUGGGAAUAUAGCAUACCAUGCAGCACUAAAUGCAUUAGAUUUCGAUCUUGAACCCAUAAAAAUUCAAGGGCUCAUACUGAAUCAGCCAUACUUCGGUGGAGUCCAAAGAACCGAAUCAGAACUCAGACUCAUUGAUGAUGAUUUCGUUCCAUUAUACGCAAAUGAUGUCCUCUGGACAUUGGCAUUGCCAGAAAACGCUAGCAGAGAUCAUGAGUUCGCAAAUCCAUUAACUGGGGGGUCUUAUCUCGGUAGGGCUUCGAGAUUGCCAAGGUGCAUGGUGAAGGGCAACAGUGGCGAUCCACUUGUUGACAGGGAAAAACAGCUGGUGAAACUGCUUGAAUCAAAUGGAGUUAGUGUCAUUUCACUGUUCGUUGAUGGAGGUUAUCACAGUGUGGAGCUCUCAAAUACAACAGCAGCUCAAGAAUUGUACGAUGCUGUCAAGGAUUUCAUCAGUUCUACAGUUGCUACCACAAUUCAAGCUUGUGAUGCUUUCGAAUCCACAAAUAUUUGUCCUCUUUAA